GUGACAGUAAGUGAUGUCCGAACGUCGUCGUCGCUCGAGAUCUAACUCGCGCUCGCGAGAGAGACCCCGAACGGCUAGAACGGGAGAACGAGAGAACAAAAAUCCCAAAGAUGCAAAAGAGAGGCCCAGAUCGAAGUCGAGGUCACCGGCUCCCCGAAGGGAACUCGCCAUGGCAUCAGUUGCCAUCGAGAAAGAGAACGUUCCAGGCGACAGGAAGGACCAAAUUAAAGUCGAUCGAGAAAAGACGUGUCCGUUGCUGUUGAGAGUGUUCACUUGUCAGGGAAGGCAUCACAGGCCAGAUGAGUUUACAAGGAAUAGUUAUCCUCCAGACGAGCUGCAAGUCUACACGUGGAUGGACGCCACACUUGGUGAACUGAUGACUCUCAUAAAGGAGGUGAAGGCUGAUGCAAGAAGCCGCUUCACAACCUUCUCUUAUGCUACAGUGUUUCCUGACACAAGGCGGGGAGGAUUUCGUGUAAAAGAAAUCGGUACGACAUGCGCAGGAAGGAAAUCGGCAGAGGACAGUGUGACACUGGGUAAUGUGGGCUUUCAAAUUGGUGACUUCAUUGAUGUUGCCAUAGACCCACGACGCGGACCUUUUAGGCGUUACUAGUUGACAGCAAUGACACAGUAUGACAAGUGCUUUGUUGUAUGCGUGUAUGACUAACAUGACACUAAGACUUCUCA